AUGAGCCCACAUGAGAUCUCCACACCAGGCACACGAAAGAGAGGGGAGGGCCUGCACGUCGGCAACGUCAAGGAGCUCUUUGCCGACGGCCGCGCCCUGCCCAUCCUCGUCAACGCCAUCCAGCCUGGCUCGGUGGACGUGAAGGCCCUUGACGUCAAGCGGCCCGUCGAAAACAACAAACUCGCACUGCGCGUCGCUACCGAGAAAUUGGCGGUGCCGGCGCUGAUCGAGGGCGACGACCUUGCGAAUGGAGCCGACGUGGACGGUCUGUCGCUCAUCCUCUACCUGAGCUACCUCAAGCAGGCCGAUGCGGGCAAGGCGCAGGCGAAGGAGGCCGUCGUCGAGGCCGAGAAGAAGCAGCCCAAGGACGACAGCAAACAGGGAGAGGGCAGGAAUGCGCAGAAUGCGACGGAUGCAGAGGUGGAGGCCAAGCAGGAGGUGGAAAAGAGCGAAGCAAAGGAAGACAGCGAAAGCUAUGCGAAGAUCCACGAGCAGCCGCGGAAGAACGAAGCGGAAAAGAGCGUAGCCGAGACGAAGGUCGAGACUCGCGCGAACGAAGUUGCGGUAGCGGAGAGGAAAGAGGGACAGACGGCUGCUAUCGAGGCUCAUGCGGCACCCAGUGCCGAGAGCGAGCCUGCGGCCAAACGACCACCCGCCAGCGCGGCCGCGCCAUCCGCCGAUUCGGCCGUUGCUGCGGCCCUUGCGGUGAGCGAGAAGAGCGAAGACCGUGGGCUCCAAGCCCAGACUCCAGCCAAGGACGUGGCCUCGCCCGCGGCGCCUGUGGCGGCGGAAGCUAAGGCGCUUUCGCUCGACGCGGUCAAGCCCUCGCCGGCGGUGGACGCCAAGACCGUGCCAGACGUGGCCACGACGGUCGCGCCCAAUGGGGCGGCGGAGGAUACUGUGAAGGAGGCGGCGGUGACGGCGCAGGCCAAGAACGAAGGCGGAGAGGCGGCCAAACCGGAGGAGGAGGAGAGCGAAGGAAGCAAGAAAAAGAAGAAGGAGAAGAAGGAGAAGUCGGGCAAGAAGAAGACGAAGAAGACGAAGAAGAGCAAGGAUCCCGCCAACGGAGAGGAGAACAACGAUGGCGACGGCGGUGACAAGAAGUCGAAGAAAAAGAAGAAGCUGAAGAAGAAGACGUCGUCGCUGGCAGCCAAGAAGACCGACGAGGCCGUUGAGCAGACCACAUCGCCGGCUCCCGAGGCCACUGUCGCAGAGGCGCCCGCGACCAGCCCGAGCCCUAAGGAGGCCGAGGCGCCGCCCGCCAAGAAGGUGCUCGCGCCCCUGCCCCACUCUCGCCUUCCAGCCCGCGCGGGCGAGGACCUGUCCUACCUGGUCGGGGGUUCGGCGCCGACCAAGAAGGCAGCCAGUCUUCAGCUGGCCGCCAUCCCCGAGCGAAAGAAGCCCGCGCCGCCGGCCACCGUCUCCGCCGAUGUCGAUCCCGUGAGCGCCUUCUGGUACUCGUGA